AAAAUUGGUAAUUGUUACUACAAUUUAGUGUAUUUAAAUUCUGAUUAAGUAAUAUAAAUACAAAAACGAAGGUGGGUUCCCUCUCGCAAAUCAAAGUUCAAUUGACGCCAAAUGUGGUAUACUUGAAAAAUGUAUUAUGUCCAAAGCAUCAUUGGCUUUAAUAUGGAAUCAUUACUCAUAGAAGAAAUUAAAGAUUUAGGAAUAGAAUUUAGUCCAGAAGAACUGAAAAAUGCUAUCAAUGGUGGAGCAAAAUCAGUGAAUUAUACCAAAAUAGUUGAAUAUAUUACCAAAGAAAUUCAAGCUUUGUCUGCAUUAGAUGAAUAUGUAAAUUCUAUUUCAUCAGAAGUGGAUUCUAGCUCUUUUUUGUUAGAAGUUAGUAGCUUUCUUAAAGAAUUAGGUUGUUCAUAUUCUACAUUAACUUCUGGGCAUGUUAGUGAUCGUUUAAAUUCAAAAGAAAAUAAAUUAUUGCUAUUAGAUUAUUUAAUAGGAGAACUGAAAGCAUCACGCAUACUAAAAUCAAAACACACUGAAAAAAAUUUGAGUAUGAAAGUUACACUACUUGAAAGUAAUCCAUCUAAAUGUCUUAGGGAAAUUUUAGUAACAUUAAAAUUCCCUAAACCUCCACAUGAUAUAAAAGUAUCUCUUCUAUUUAGCAAAAUUGUUCAAAAAUUACAAGAAGUUUUGAAAAAUGUACCUUCAGAACUAAUUGGCAAACCAAUAGUAUGUAAUUCUUUUAGUAGUAAGCAAUGGGAUAUAAUAAAUAAUGAAAUUGAUAUUCUUAAUGAAGACUUUACAAUAAGGCGCACUAUGUUAUUAACUCGGCUUGACGUAACAUUUCAAUCAUUUCAAUGGCCUGAUCGAUUAAAAAUGAAGAAAAAUGAACUAGAAAAAAUUUAUCAAACUAAAUUAGAUAUAAUCAAAUGUAUGCCUAGUUUUACUAUCUCAGAUGUGUUAUCAGCCCGUGAAGAUUUAGCAAUUGUAGAAAAAACUUCCAGUACUUUAGCUAUUCAAAAUACCAACUCUUCAGUUAAUAAAGUUGUUAUUGGUCAGGUUCCAGACAGAGGAGGAAGACCAAAAGAACAACAAGCACCACCCCCAGAGAUGCCAAGUUGGCAGCAAAGAACACAACUUCAAGAUGGGAGAGGUGGUCACCAAUAUAAAGGGAAUCAAGGAAGAGGAUACCAAAAUAGAAGUGGCCCUGGAAAGUUUGAUCAAACUAAAAAUCAGUCUUAUGAAAAAGCUAAUAGUGUAAAUUACCAAGGUGGAAAUAGUGUUUAUCAAGUAACUGAUGGAUUUCAGUCUAUAAGUGUAGGAAAUAGAGGUUCAUUUAAUAAUAGUGGACGUAGUCGUGUGCAGGGUGGCUGGAAUUCAUCACGAGACAGUUAUCAAGAUAAUAGCAGACAGAAUAAUCAAAAUUUUCAACAAACCUCAAGUUAUAAUAGUAAUGAAUAUAAUAGUUAUUCAAAUGAAAGUGGAUGGAAUAACACAAUGAAUAAUAGAAAUAACCAAAACUAUUAUAGCAAUGACGGGAAUUAUCAAAAUGAUUCAUAUGAUAGUAAUAGACGAGGAUUUUCUAAGAGAGGCAGAGGUCAUGAUGGACGUACAUAUUAUAAUCAGCAGAGACAUAACCAAAAUUAUUAACUAGCGAAUGCUAGCAUAUUUAUUUUAAAAUUGUAUAAAUAUAAAAUGUUAUUAUAUUUUUGGAAAUAUAUUGAAAUUUCUAAAAAUUUA